AACAGUCAACGACGAGGGAGCACACACACCCACACUCCCACGAGCUCCUCGCCGCGCUAGCUGAGCCAGCCGAGCCUUUUGUCCUGCGAGGGCGAGCAUGGGCGGCGGGGACGAGCAUGGCGCGUCGGCUCGGCUGGAGAGCAUCCUCACGGACUCGUCGGCGCCGCGGGCGGAGCGCAUGUGGGCGGCGGGGGCGAUCGAGCUCGGGAUGCUCUUGCGGCUGGCCGUGCCGGCGGUGAUCAUGUACAUGAUCAACUUCCUCAUGUCCAUGUCCACGCAGAUCUUCUCCGGCCACCUCGGCAGCCUGGAGCUCGCCGCCGCCUCGCUCGGCAACACCGGCGUCCAGAUGUUCGCCUACGGCCUCAUGCUGGGCAUGGGUAGUGCAGUGGAGACCCUGUGCGGACAAGCCUACGGUGGACACAAGUACGACAUGCUCGGAACCUACCUACAACGCUCCGCCGUUAUCCUCUGCUGCACCGGCAUACCUCUCGCCGUGAUCUACGCCUUCUCGGAGCCACUCCUCCUCCUGCUGGGGCAGUCGCCCGAGAUAGCCCGCGCGGCGUCCAUCUUCGUGUACGGCCUCAUCCCUCAGAUCUUCGCCUACGCUAUCAACUUCCCGAUCCAGAAGUUCCUGCAGGCACAGAGCAUCGUCCUCCCCAGCGCUUACAUCUCCACGGCGGCGCUCGUGCUGCACCUGCUGCUCAGCUGGGUGGUCGUCUACAAGGUUGGUCUCGGGCUGCUCGGCGCGUCGCUGGUGCUGAGCCUGAGCUGGUGGGUCAUUGUGGUGGCGCAGUUCGCGUACAUCAUCAUGAGCCCGAUGUGCCGGCGGACAUGGACAGGGUUCACUAUCAAGGCGUUCUCCGGGUUGCCGGAAUUUCUGAAGCUCUCUGCCGCGUCCGCCGUGAUGUUGUGCCUUGAGACAUGGUACUACCAGGUCAUGGUGCUCAUCGCUGGCUUGCUGCCCAACCCGGAGCUUUCCCUGGAUUCCCUCUCAGUAUGCUUGACAAUCUCUGCUUGGGUGUUCAUGAUAUCAAUAGGUUUCAAUGCCGCCGCAAGUGUUAGAGUGAGCAAUGAGCUUGGUGCCGGCAACCCCAAGUCUGCAUUUUUCUCGGUUUGGGUCGUGACGGUGCUCUCUGCAAUAAUCGCCGUCGUCCUUGCUGUUGUGAUCAUGUGCUUCCGCAACUACAUCAGCUACAUCUUUACAGAGGGUGAAAGAGUUUCCGACGCCGUGGCGGAUCUCUGCCCGCUGCUCGCCAUCACCAUCAUUCUAAAUGGCAUCCAACCUGUACUGUCAGGUGUUGCUGUUGGGUGCGGGUGGCAACAAUUUGUUGCCUACGUCAACGUCGGCUGCUACUACAUCGUAGGUGUUCCCCUUGGUGUUCUUCUUGGUUUUGUCUUCAACUUUGGCGUAAAGGGCCUUUGGGGUGGCAUGAUUGGAGGAACGGCCAUGCAGACUGCCAUUCUGUUGUGGGUCACCAUUAGAACUGAUUGGAGCAAAGAGGUAGAGGAGGCACAAAAAAGAUUGAACAAGUGGGAUGAUACAAAGAAGGAGCCCCUUCUUGUUGGGGUUACAGAUGAUAACUAAUGGAUCGCCUCAGAUUCAUAAUUUCUUUGGGUUUGAGAUUUGCCGCCAGCAUGACUCAUUAAUUGGGAGCGACAGAAUUCAUGUAACUUGAUUCUUCAGUGGAUUAUCAGAGUUUAUGUACUAACUUGGUUGGCCUGACAGUAAUAUGCUUCUUAGUAUGUAGAGUAGACAUGGUUGGCAAGUUAGAUUUUUCUUUGGUUUGAUUGUCUUGAUGUUAUUGAUCUCUCUCUCUUACUAGUAAGGCCACUGUCUGGCAAUUUUGUAAUAAAUAUUGUAAUCAGUUAGGCUAUAUGCAUCUAUCAUGUAGAGGUGUGGCAAUAAAAUUUUCUAAUAUCUAAAAAAAAUCAAGGUUUCAAACCUUUUGACAGUAA